AUGACCGCAGCCUCAAGCGACGCCGUCGAUCGCUCUUCGGACAAGCCUGCUCCAAGCUCCCCUUCAAACACUCCGCAAUCCUCCCAACAUGUCGUCAAUGACCCCACGCCGGCCACGGGCGCCACCGCCGUCGAACCGGUGGUGCAAAAUAACGACGGACAGAUAAAAACUCAAGAGGCAGAAGAAGCACGAGUUGAAGUGGACGAUUUCGGUCUCCCUAUUCGAGCUCGUCCUAAGCCUGCCCAACCUUCAAGCAGCAGCUCGUCCGAAGCUGGCGAAUUCGAAGAUGCGAUCGCCAAUCCCAAAGAAGACGAAUCCGCUGAGCCAACGGAGCCGGUGGCAUCCCAGGACAAACCUGAGUUGGAGCUCCAAAAACCUGAACAGGAUGCCGAAAAACCACCGGAUCAAAGAGACCAAAAGCCUCCCGCGGCGUUGGAAUCGAGUGCGCCUGCUCCUCCUCGAAGGUCAAUUUCCAAAGCGAAAUCCUCCCAAAUAUCCGAAUGGUCCCACAUGCGACUGGCCGCCCAACCGCAGGUGCCGGAUGAGGACAGCGAGGAAGACGUGGAAGACGAAGUCGAGUGGAAGGACAUGCGCGCCGCCGACGAGUUUGACUACUACGAUGACUAUGGGAGGUUAGUUGUCAAGGGGGGCACGGCAGAGGACAAUGAUGCCGUCUACAGAGGCCUUGGGGGUGCUGGAAAAGGUUAUACUCGAGUCCAGCUGGACGAAGAUGCGCAGUCGGCCAAUAGUCUAGACGAGGACACGAGCUACUUGUUCCGGGAUGCAGGGGGAAAUUCUGCCGGCUUUGAAGGCGAGGAGCUUCGCGACUCGCUCAGCCAGCUGCAGGCCACGAAGGACCUUCUUAAUGAAACGCAGAAAAUCGCAUACGUGGGCGUGGUGAAGCUAGCCAUCCACCAAAUGAGCCUGGAAUUGAUGAAGGUGCCAAAAACCAAGGCUACGCGCAAAACGAUUCAGAACGCGGUGGAUGCCUUGAGGAAAUGGGGCCAGGCGAUGAUGGGACGGCUAUUUAUGCACAUGGAGAUCGACUCCGCCGAGCAGAUCAUGAUCGAACAGCUUGCUGAACACGGCGUGCAACCCUCGGAUCUGGUGCGACCACUUAUGCAGAACGCGCGAGUCAAGAAUCCCAUGGCAGAGGAAGAAUCCCCAAAGAAACCAACUUCUUCCGCGGCUUCGCCGGCCUUGGGAGGUGAUAUGUCGCGGAUGUCUACUGAGACUGCCAUGUCCUCUGAAAUUGGGUCUCCUCCACCAUACGAUGCACACGAGAACGAUGAUCCUGACGUUCAUACACCCUCGCAGAUGCCGACGUCUGAUCGAAUUGAUAUCGACCUUCGGUGGACGGUACUGUGCGACCUGUUCUUAGUGCUGAUUGCCGAUUCAGCGUAUGAUUCCCGUUCACGAACGCUUCUUGAGAGUGUUGGUGCCGCUAUGGAUGUGUCGUGGCUACAAAUCUGCCGUUUUGAGAAGCGGGUCACGGAUGCCCUGGAGAUGCAGCAAGAGGCAGAAAAAGAGAACUGGGACGAAUCUGGACAUAUGGAGAGGCGCCGCAAAAUGGCACUGAAACGAAAAUACAUGGUUAUGGGGUUGGCAACGGUCGGUGGCGGUCUGGUUAUCGGUUUGUCGGCGGGGCUGCUGGCUCCUGUCAUUGGGGCUGGUCUUGCCGCUGGUUUCACCACCGUUGGUAUCUCUGGGACCAGUGCGUUCUUGGGUGGAGCCGGUGGAACGGCCUUGAUCGCAUCGGGUGCCACCGUGACCGGAAGCACCAUUGGAUUGAGGGCCUCGAAUCGGCGUACCGGUCCGGUGCAGACUUUCGAAUACCGACCCUUGCACAACAAUAAGAAAGUCAACCUGAUCGUCACUGUUGCCGGCUGGAUGACCGGCAAGGUGGAUGACGUCCGUCUCCCUUUCAGCACCGUGGAUCCUAUUAUGGGUGAUCUCUACUCCGUCCUGUGGGAGCCUGAGAUGCUCCGGAGUAUGGGUGACACUAUCAAUAUUCUCGCCACAGAGGCAUUGACCCAGGGCCUCCAACAAGUGCUUGGCAGCACGGUCCUGAUGGCAUUAAUGGCAUCUUUGCAACUCCCCAUUGUUCUCACCAAACUCUCCUACCUAAUUGAUAAUCCAUGGAGCGUAUCGCUGGAUCGCGCGUAUUCGGCUGGUCUCAUCAUGGCCGACUCCUUGCGGGAUCGCAACCUCGGGAACCGGCCUGUCACCCUCCUUGGUUUCUCGCUCGGCGCGCGUGUCAUCUUUUACUGCCUCCGAGAACUGGCUGACAAGGGCGCUUUUGGACUGGUCCAAAAUGUGUAUCUCUUUGGGUCACCAAUCGUGGCAAAGAAGGACGAGUAUCUCAAGGCUCGUAGCGUGGUCUCUGGCCGGUUCGUGAACGGCUACUCCACCAACGACUGGAUCCUGGGCUAUCUGUUUCGGGCUACGGCCGGCGGUAUCUCGCGAGUGGCGGGUCUCGCAGCUGUGGAGGGGAUCCCUGGCCUGGAGAACUUUAACUUAACCCAGUCUGUGAACGGACAUAUGGAUUACCGUGCGGCCAUGCCUCGUCUCCUCAGGGAAGUCGGCUGGGAGGUGCUCGGUGACGAGUUUGCGGAAAUCGAGGACCCAGAUCCCGACAACCAUGCCGAGCGACAGCGGGAGUUGAUCCGCGAGAUCGAUGAAGCUCGUCGUGAAGCAGAGGCGAAGCCAGAGAAGAAGAGAUUUGGUCUCUUCAAGCGAGGGAAGCUGGCCGAAAAGAAAGGAUGGGAAACCUACGACGUGGACCGGAACAACAGUCCCCACGAAUCCACCGAGGUAACCAGUGGGCCUGGGACUGUGCUGUUUGACAUUGAGGCGAUUCGAGCUGAAUUGGCUUCGGAAGCGAUCGAGGUCAAACAGCUUGAAUCGACCUUGCCCCCGAUGAAACUGGACCUGAAUCCUCUAGUCGAGUCCCGGUCCGCGCAACCGACCCCAUCGAAUGAGAAGGGAUCCAAGUCCGGCGAAUCAAUCCCUUCUGUGCCACGGACUGUGUCUGAGCCACAGCUCAACACGGGCUCUCACGCGCCUAUCCCUUCUUCAGCUGCGCCCAAGAAAGAAGAGAUCGAGAUGACCUUUGAUACUUCCUACCACAAGCCCCCGCCCAGCGAUUGGCCUGAUCCUCCCACACGACCGGAACUGCGGUCGUCAGCGACCGUGCCCAAUCAUGUUGGGACCAGCGCGAUGGCGCCCGUCGAUCUAGAGCACAAUGCCUGGGCGGAUCAUGAUGAGGGCGAGAUCCAGAUGAGCUUUGAAUGA